CUGUACUCUUGUAGUAGUAUUGCUUCGAUGCAGCUGAACGCGAGGCUUCAUACGCAGCUAAGAGUGUCAGCAGCUCGGCGACAUGCUGCACAUUUUUCGCGUGCACGGUCUGUGCAUGCAUCGCGGGCGCCAUUCUGCCCACCACUGAAGACCUCAAGCUAUGAUGAGGCACCAGCAGUGGAGGAACGCGUCCUAGUAAAACUGGAAAAUGAUGUCGAGCCAGCUGGGAAUUUGAAUGCGGAUGCGCAGGCUACAAAUCUCCAAGAAGCAGAGCGCCAGCGCCAGGCGUUCAUCAUGAACGACACCUGCCGGUUCCUGGCCACGGACUUGAAGAUGUUGUUUGAGAAGGGGGAGAUCACGGAGGCGCGCUACAGCCCUGACAUCACAUUUGAGGACCCCAUCACCAAAUACACAAACCGGGAGGGCUACAUCUUCAACAUUCGGCUCCUGCGCACGUUCUUCAACAUCCAAUUUGACCUCUUCAACGUCGCCGUGAGCGGCCCGGACACCGUCACGGCCACGUGGUCGAUGGAGAUGCUGUUCUGGCUCGUACCAUGGAAGCCAACCCUAACUUUUACUGGCCGCACCGUGUACCGGGUGGACCCGCAGUCCGGCCUCAUCCUCAGCCACACCGACUACUGGGAUGCGCUGCAGCGGAAUGGGUUCCUGAGCCUGGAGGGACUGCAGCACGUGCUGCGGCAGUUCCUGCAGCUGCAGGUCACGCCGGGCAUUGAAACGCCCAAGUACACGGUGCUCAAGCGCUUCAAAGACUACGAGAUCCGCGCCUACGAGCCCUACACCGUGGCGGAGACGUCCAUGGGCAGCGGCGCGGGGCCAGCGUCGGGCGCCGGCUUCUCGGACCUGGCCCGCUACCUGUUCGGAGGCAACACUGCGCAGCUGGCCAUGGAGAUGACAACACCGGUGUUCCAGAACAUCGAACCGUCCUCCAAUAGCAGCACCGCCAUGCAGUUCGUGAUGGAGAAGCGCUACGCCGACCUGGCGGCACUGCCCGCGCCCUCCGACCCCCGCAUCGCCCGUAAGCGCGAGGAGGCCAGAUACGCAGCUGCCAUUCGCUUUGCCGGCUGGCCGCUGGACUUCGAGGUGGUGAGCAACGAGCGGCAGCUGCGUGACAUGCUCAUUCGGGACGGGUACAAGCCGGCGGUGGGCUACCAGCUGGCGCGCUACAACGACCCGUCCACCCCGCCCGGCAUUCGGCGGAACGAGGUGCUCAUCCGCCUGGAUGGGUUUGUGUGGCCUGAGUCGGAGGCCACCAGCCCUGCCAAGCUGCCCUAGAUGUAGCGGGUGGCACGGUGCAGUUGGCGGUACUGCAAGAAGAAGUGCAGCAUCAGCAUUAAGAAGUGGGGCCUGGUGGAGGUCGUUGACCUGUGCGACAGCAACUGAGCGGGAGCGGAAGAGGGCGGAAGUCUACGCAACGGCAAGCAUGCGCGACCUCGAGUGUUGAGUUGAAGCUUUGAUGGGGGUGCCGCCGUCCUGGAGUUGCAUAUUAUGUGCAGGAUAAGUGUCACGACAAGCGUAGGUCUUGCUGGGCAGUAACAAUCAUGUUGAUCGCAUGUGAUGAUGUCUUUCUUGGACGGGUAUUGCGAGUCAGUGCACGCUGCUCUUUGCGCCCUAGCGCUUGUGUAGUAGCUCCAGUUGAGUGCGACUGUCGAUCCAGUCGAACAGUGAGGCAUGCUCAGCGGUAAGGAUGCAGCCACCUCCCCUGGAUGCAGCCAAGCCAAAGGUGUGCCUGCUCUCGUCGUUUCUUUCACUUAUGCGCAGCAGCGCAAAGUAACUCAAGUGGACUGGUAUUCCCUUGCCAUGUGCCCUGUGAGGAUUGAUAACUGCGCCGAGUGUGUGCAGUGUGUGCGGCGGGCGCAUGAUACUACAUGAACUCACAUGAGGAGUCCCGGUCGUGAUAUGGGUGCCUGUGCCCCUGGAGCUACUCCUCCGCGCCUCCGCCUUGCUUCUUUUUGCCAGGGGGAUGGAGUAGUUUCGACUGGGAAAGGCCCCAUGUUCUAAAACGGAAGAGCUUGACGAGAGUAUUCCGAAUCCACUUUCAGAGGUUCAAUCAGGGUAGUAACUGCAGUACAAUGAAUGCGACAUUACCAGAAGGGACAGUGCGACCAAGCAAGGGUGCCCAGCACCCAGGUCAGGGAAGUAUUUAUGGGCAAGCACAACGGUGCAGUGCUUAGGUUAAGGAGAAAGCUCUGCUUUUUGGUUACCGUGCAUUGUCUUGCCCAUCGCACAGCGCUAGAGGCGGGUGGUGACCUGACGCUGGCGCAGGAGUUGGACCUGGAGGAGCUGGGCUGGGGGUUCUGAAGGUAUACGUGGCUGUACGUGGUGGCGGAAGGGAAGCGCACGUAACAAGACUGAGGCAGCUAUCCAAUGGGGCUGGGAAUGUACAUACAGGAGUAGCUGGGGGCAAGCGCUCCUGGCGCGCAGGAGAUUUUAGGGCCCCCGCAGGGGGCCCUUCCUGGCAGCGCCAGGAAGGGGAUCGGGGCGUACUUCAUACAUGGCAGGGGUUGUUAGAAAGCCCGCUAGCAGGGCGUGGGGCUGAGGGUGCACGUGUCGAUUGGCGGCGAGUGACGUGACUAGUUUGUUAGCUGCGGGUUAGCACGGACUGUGCACCCCACCCAACCGGCCACGUCCGGAUUUGCGGGGAUGCCAAAGGCCCCCAACAUAGAGGCGUGUGCUUAGUAGGCGCCCGCGUCAAGGUGGCUGGGUUGAUAACGACCCGGGAGGGGAGGGCUCAGCCCUUUUCCUGCCUCCCUAAGGCAGCCACCUCCUUGUUAGAAAGCCCGUGUAACCCUGGAGGGAA